GAGCUGCUGAGCCGAGAGGAGCACGCUGUCUGUGUUGGUGGAUGCCCAAUAAAGGAGGAGUAAUAACGUCGUCCCGUCUCCGUGUCAUCAGUGCCAUAACGUCCGAGACGUUACAAUAUAUAUUUAUUUGUAUUUGCCAGCACGACAAUUGCAAUACUUUUAAAAUCCACCUCGCUUCCAUCAUCAACCGAAUAUUAUUGACCUGCAUUAUUUCAGAUGGAUGGAGACACAGAAAAAAAGGUGACAGAGUCUUCAAAAAAUCCCAAGGAAGAAUCUCAGAGACCCUUAAUGGACCACACAUUUAGGGGUCAUGGCUUUAAAAGCCGUGGUGGAGGGGGUCGGAUAGGUCGAGGUGGCAUGCGUGGUGGGCGGGGCAUGAUGAAAGGGUUUGAGCCACCUGGAUACGGGAGGGGUCGAUCGAAAGAGGGUGCCAUGAAUGGAUUUACACCCAUGAGAGGAAUGAGGAGGAUGAGACCUUACCCGGACCCCAGAAAUCAUCGAGGUAGGGGUGGACCAAUGGGCAUGGGUGGACCAAUGUGCAUGGGCCCUCCUCCUCCCUUCCCACCCCCCAUGCAUAUGAGAGGCCCCUUCCCACCCAUGCCCAGCUCGUCUCUCUCUGUCUCGAGGCACAGACCCCAUGCAUCCCCUCCUCCAGGACAUCCUGGUUUCAGAGGGCUUGCACCACACCCUCGAGGCCGUAGCAUGCUGCUUCCUGGACCUCCACGCCACUUCCACCACAGCAGCCAAAGAGGUUUCCACAAUGGACCGGUCUCUCCUCCUCCUCCUCCUCCUCCUCCUCACCCUCCACCUGGUAGAGGCCAGAGGUGGCCAGGGCCCCCUGGUGGCCGACGCUUUUAACACAGCCUGCCCUGAAAACAAAACCCAAACACUUGAUCAUGUAGAAGGGGCCUGAGGUGGUGCAGUAAAUGAAAUGCCCCUUAAUGAUGUGCUGCACUAAGUCUCUGAGUAACUUCAUGACGUACUCUGUGGCCAAAUGUCUGCUUAUUGAUAUUGUCUACUGGCAAAGAAAUAAUGUGAAACUGACUAAUGGCAACUUAAAAUGCCUCACGACUUUAAAAAUGUAAAGGCAUUCUGUUAUUUUUGUUAAAUAUAUACUGUUGGUACUGUAGGAACUAUUAGUGUUGGGAAGAAGGCGUUUAGAAGCCGGUUUGAAGCUGCUGUUCUGAAAGGGAGAAAAGUUAUUCAAAGUUCAUUGAAUGCUCUGUGGUUCUUGUUACGGUCACCCUGUGAGCUAUAAGACGUUUUCCUAAAUCAUAAUAUAGAAAUAAUAAAAUGGGUGACACUGUUUAUGUGUGAAUUAAAUAACAGAAAGAGAGCAUAACAGCGCUCGAGCAAAGCUGUCAACCAGCGUUCCACCGUGGACCUCUAACCUCUCUUUUGUUACAUAGAAAUAGUUUAUGUAUCGUAAUACUUUAAAGUAAGAGUUAAUCAUGUAUUAUAACCUCACUAAGCCGUGGAGUAAUUAUUGUUUAACACUGACACGUUUUUCAUGGUGAAUAUUACACUUGUUAAAUAUUUAUUUCAUAUUUAUUUCAUAUUUGACAUUGUUGAUGUGCCGUUAUUCCAUGUUAUCAGAUUGUCUUCAGCAAUUUAUCUUGUUACGGCAAAAUGGAAAUAGGCAUCAUGAAUGAAUAGUAUAUUUAAAAAUAUUUCUCGUAGAUUUUAUAAAGCAAAUUCCAUUUGUAUUUCCUUCAGUUAAGGACAAGAAGUUACUCUUUACUGUGUCUAGUUGUUCAAGUGUCAUGAAUACUAUGCCCACUGUAAUUAACAUAACUUUUGUGAACCUGUGAAUGUGUUUGAUGAAAACUGUCAAGACAUGGUAAAGUAGUGGGAAGAAUAAUAAUAAAAGAUAAAAAUAAACUCUA